AUUUUGUAAAAAAAAAAAUCCUAAAACUGAAAAAUAUAAGAAAAGUUUUUCUUUCAAAUAUUGCAAAAUGAUGUGAGAUAGAAAGCUUUGCAAAGGAAUACUUGAAGUAAUUUUUAUGGCAACAUCAGUUGAUUAUAUGACAAAAACAAAAAAUAUAAUUUUGCAUAAAUAUAAAAAAUUUUUUAAUUUUGCAUUUUUAUCUACAAUAAAAAUUUUUUAAAAACUGCUGUAAUUAAAACAGGAAAAAAAAUAUACGGAGAUAGAAAGCAACCUGUACACAAAUAUUAAAGAGAAAUGUAAACAAAAGAACAAAAAAUAUUAGAGAUAAAAGUCAAAAACAAGUGACAGAAAAAAAUACAAACAGAAAGAGAGAGAGCAAGAGGGGUGAGCGAAGAAAAUAAAACAUGAGCAAAUGGAAAUUACCUCUUUAAAUUUCAUAUCAGUUCUACUUUAAUCUCCAAAAAAAAAAAGCAAACUUUAUAAAGUGAAAAAUAACAUAAUUAAUCAGAAUAAAAAAUAAACAAUAACAAAAAUACAGAGAAUGACAAAAAUAUUAAAGUUGGAAUAAAAGAGAAUGAGAUAGAAAAAGAUUAAUUUGUUACCACUAUUAUUUACAUUCUAUUUUUGUUUUAAAAUAAAACAAAAAUCUACUGUUACGAUAGUAAAAUUCUUACUAAAUCCCAUUAAAUGAGUUGAGCAUAUUAUAAAUACACGUGUAUUUUUGGUAUUUAUAUACAUACACCGCACACAAACAUCUAUGCAUAAUAACAAAUAAUAACAAGUUAUAUAAAAAAAUAUUUCUAUACCAUUAUGCGUAUAUAAGAGUAAAAGAGACAUAAUAUUUUCUAUAUCAUAAAUAUUAUAUUAUAUUAAUAUAAAAGGAAAAUUAAAGAAAAAAAAAAAGAAAAGAGAAGACGAAAUAUAUUUAUACACCGAGUAAAUGCCAGCACGAAAAUCAAAAAAAUGGCAAUCAAGAAGAAAACCAUCAUUAGGGCAAUUACGUCGAGCUCAUCCAGCAUCAGGUGCUACAUGGAAUGUACAAGUUGUACGUGGCAAAAUGACAUCAAAAUGUUUAUGGCAUGCUUGUCGUGCUCUAAUUUUAGGUAUACUAUUAUUGCUUAUGGGUGCCAGUAUGGCGACAAUUGGAUAUUAUGCAGAUCAUCUAUCAAUGGGACAUGAAAUACGUGGUAAUGCAACGGUUCGUGUUAAAAAUGAAUCAAGAGGUUUCCAUUUAAAUAAUUUAUCAUAUGUUGGUCCAAUUGUUAUGGGUUUUGGUGGUUUUAUUAUUGUUGCUGCAUGUGUUAUGACAUUUGAGGCACGUGAUUCAGCUGCAAAAGUAGUACCAGCACGUUUUAAAAUUUCAACAAGCAGUCGAUCAAAUAUACGUAGUAAUUCAAGUAGUGGUGCAUCAAAUCGACGUGCCAAUGGUAUUAUGCACCAAGCAACUAGAUGGGAUCAUCAUUUAGGUGUAUUUAGAACAUCACCAGCUGAACCACCAGCACCAGCACAACCAUUAGAUAGACAAGCUUUAACGGCUGCUUUAAUACAUUUUUCAAAAACACUAGGGAAUUCUCCCCGUCAAUCACCAAAAACACGACGUUUUUCACUUAGUGGUUCCGUGCCAAAUUUAUCCUCAGCAUUAACAAGUAAUCGAUCGAGUAUUAAUUCAGCUCAAUUAUCGCCAUUAUAUCGUAGACAAAUAAUAAAUAAUACAAAUUCGAAUAGUUUAACAACAAAACAAAUAUUAUAUCAGCAAUAUCAACAACAAUUAUUACAACAAUAUCAACAACAAUUACAAAACCAUCAACAUCAUCAUCAUCAUCAUAAAUCUAAACAUCAUAAUCAUCAUCAUAAACAACAACAUCAUUAUAAUGAUGAAAUCAUUAAUGAUGAUUAUGGUAAUAGGGAAGCUGGCAGGAUUGGUAAUGCUAUUGGUGAUAGCAAUAUUAUUUGUUCAGAUAUAAAUAAAACAAAUGAUAAUGAUAAAUCUUCAAAUAAAGUUGCUGGUAAUGGUAAUAGUUGUAGUAACAAUAAAAAAAAUCGAUCAAAUAGCUCUUUAGUAAAUAAUAGUGAACGCCCUUUUUCAAAAACACGUUCACAACGUACCAGUACAAGUUUAAUAAAUCGUUCAUCAAGAAAUACUGACUUUACUAGUGGUUCACUGUUACAUCCGGGGAAAUUACAUCAAAUGCAUCGUCAUGCAAUGUCAGUUGAUGAAUCUGGACCAUAUUGUAAUACAUCCGAUAUUGAUGAUUCAUCUUUAAUGUCAAUAAUAAUGUUAGAUAGUGGUCAUGAAAAACGUAUAAAAGAUCGUUAUCGUAGAUCGGAUACAUCAAAACGUCAUAUACUAUCAAGACAGAAACCAAUUGAAAAAGAAGAACAACAUCAGCAACAUUUACAACAGCAUAAUAUGAUAGUUGCAUCUAGAUAUGAAGAGAGACGACGAAGUUCUACAACAUCAGAUGCAUCGAAUGCAUCACGUUAUUAUCGUGCAUCAUCAGCAACCAGUCGUACAAAUAGUAUAGAUUCACGAAGUAUACAAGUUGAAUUACAUAGCCCAGAAAAACAUUAUCAACAACAACAAUAUUAUAAUCAAAAUAGUAGAGCAAGUCCACGUUCACCACGUCGACAAUCCUCUGGAUCAUCAAUAGAACGGGAAAUUAGAAGUCAAAUAUCAAUAUGCUCAGAACCAUCAAUUGCAAUGCGUCAACUAUCUGGUCAAUCAAGUUUGGAACCAUGUGUUUUAGAAGAAAGCCCUGAAUCAGAAGAUAGAGAUAAAAAUAAUAUAGAAAAUAAUGAUAAAAAUUUGAAUAAAUCAUCAAUAAAAAAUAGUAAAAAUAAUAAUAUUGAAUUAAAUUCAAUUGUAAAUACCAUAUCAGCAAAUAUACAAGAUGAAUUACAUACUCCAACACAUAAUAGAAGAACGACAAAUAAUCAUAAUAAUAACAAUAGUACCAGUAAUAGCCCCAUCUAUUGCAAUAUUAAAAAACAACGUCCACAAUCAUUAAAAAUUAAACCAAAUCAAGUUCCAAUUAUGAAAUUUAAUAGCAAUAAUAAAAAUUCUAUAAAAAAUAGUACAAAAACGACCACAACCACCAGAACAACAACAACAACCACAACAAUUGAUGAAAAACCAAUAAAAAAUUUAAAUCCAUUACAACGUAGUAAUUCAUCAAGGACAUUUCGUUCAAAACCAAAAUUGGGCAACGAAUACGAUACAAUUAAUCGUUCAGCUGAAGACAGUUCAUCAUUUUCUAGUUAUUUCAAUUAUUAUAAUAGCACAACCAAUAGAACAGGUACCGAUGAUGAUUUUUAUGAUUCAUUGCGUGUAAUUAGUGAAAGACGAAGUAAAAUUUUAAAGACUGAAAGUGAAUCGAAUUCACAAUAUAAAUCAAUUGAGAAUAAAGAAAUUAAGAAUAAUGAAAAUAAAAUGAACAUAGAAAAUAAUAAGAUCUUAAUUAAGAGUGAAGAAUUUAAUUUAGACAAAAAACCCAAUACCAUUAAUAAUUUAGUUAGUUCUAUAGAGAAAGAAAAUCUGAAUGCCAAAGAGACUGAUGAUGAAAAUUUAAAAGAAAAUUUUAUUUUAAAGACAAUAAAUUUUUCAAUAAAUCAGCCUCAAUCACAGGAAAUAACAACAGAUACAAUGGAUAAAGCAAUUAUAGAAAUAACAACAGCAACAACACAAAAAACAAUAACAUUAGAAACAGAAAAUUCACUUACACAACAAGAGCAAUCAUCAUCACAAUUAACAAGUGAUAAUUUAACAACAUGUGAUACAAAUACAAUUGAAUUGUCAUCAAAAAAUUCAAUUAAAUUAAAGGAUCAAAAUGAAUUUCAAAAAAUAAGUAAUAAUAAUAGAAAUUUAAAUAAUUGUAAAUGUAAUAGUAGUAAUAAAUGUAAUAAUGGCAAUAGUAAUAAUAAUUGUAAUUGUGAUACUAAUAAUUCAAAAGAUCCUUUUUUAAAUAAUAUAAAAAAUGCAUCUGAUAUUUCAAUAGAAAACGAAUCGAAAGUAGAAUCUAAAAAUGAUUUUUCAAAUAAAAUUAAAAUUGAAUGUAUGCCAUCAAUAAAUAUUGUAGUACCUUUGCAACACCAUAAAUUAAAAGAUGAUAAUGAUGAUGAUGGUAAUAAUGAUGGUAUAGUAAAUAAUAUUAAAAGUAUUAAAGUUAAUGAUAAUAAUUUUAUUAAAGAUGCUGAUGUUAAUAUUGAUGAUAAUGAAAAAUUAAAUAAAAUAUGUGUGAUACCAUUUGAUGAUAACGAAUGCAACAUAGAAAAUGAUGGGAACUUAUUAAAGAAUGGUAAUAAUAUUGAUGAUAAGGUUAUAUUACAUGACAUUAAACGUGAUGAUAAUGAUAAUAAUAGCGUUAGUAAAAUUCAAAAUGACAAAGACAGUAAAGACAGUAGAAUAACGAUUGAAGAAAAUGUUAAUUAAUAUAAGGAUGAAAAUGGAAAAUUUUUUAGAAAUGGAUAUGUGCUUAAAGCGCCAAUAUUUUAAUUUUCUUAAGGUUUAAUUCUCUCUAUGGUUUUAGAUUUCUUUUGAGUUAUUUUGCGUUCAUAGAUGUGCAAGAAUAAGAUAUUUCAUUCUUGAACAAAUUUUAAUAUGAAUUAUAAUCUUCCGAUUCAGGAAUAACUCUAUAUAAAAUAUUUUAAUUAAAAUAUUAUGUAUAUUUUGAAGUACAUUUGGAAUUUUGAGUUAACUAUAUAUUUGUAAUUGACACUAAACAUAUUAUCUACACAUAAGUUUGUUUUUAUAAUACACACAA